AUGACCGAACAUUCUUACAAUAAUCGAAGAAAGGCAAAUGCUUACUGAUUACUUCGCGGGAUUUGUAGGAAGACACCGUUUUAGAUACGAAAAGUGGUUCUAUACAAUCGAUAGUUUUAUAUGAUGUGACUGGAUUUAACGCGAUGGAUUUAAUUGUUGGGGAUUCGGACGGCACGGUUACGGUAUUUUCAAGGCGACAAAUGCUAAGUAAACGGAUAAUUGGAGCUGCAAUCACUCACCUUGAAAUGUAUGAGGACGCAAUCGGAGGGUUUGAAAUUAUAUCCGGUGGCGUUGAUGGAAUUGUUACUUCUUUUCACCCACACGACUCACGGUGGCGAUGCAACGUCGGUGAGGAAUCCGCUCGAUUGUAUACUGGAAGCGCGACAGCUGGGCACUCACCCUCCAUUAGAUGCUUAUUAUCUGCCAAGCUCGAGGAUACUGACGGGCUUUCUAUAGCCUAUACACUGGUUUGUGAUGGUUGGCCAUUACUUCACUUUCUAUCCAAGGGCGAGCGGAUAAUGACUAUCUCACUUCCUGCUGUAAUCAACACCAUGUGCACCGGCUAUUUCUCCCGCUCGUCCAGGAACGCUAAUGCAGACAAAUUCUGCGAUAAACAACAGAUUGCGCUAGCUGGACAGAACGGUGAUAUCUACAUAAUGGAAAACUAUAAGAUAUCAAGUUUCUUCUCAGUUGGCUAUCCUGUCACGAAGUUACUAAGAUACAGACCAAGAGGGUUGAAGAAUACCUCGCCUGACGUUCUCAUUUGUGCUGGUCACCGCAAUGAGCUAAAGGCGUAUCACAACGGCAACCACCUCACUACAUACGAAACCGAAGAUUGGAUUCAUGAUAUGACUUUAGGUGACAUCGAUGCCGAUGAUAAUGAAGAGCUGGUGUUAGGUUUAUUGAAUCAAACCAUUCUAGUUCUGAAAUUUCAAGUGUAUAUAGACAAAUAAUUAAUGAUGACGAUGCUAUA